CAUCCGUCAUGAAGGGAUGUGACUGCUCCAGUCAUAAACAUGAAAUGCCCACUCUGUAUGUGUCAGUGAUGACCGGUCUUCACGUGAAGUUUUUAGCCUAUUGCCAUAAGAUAUAUAGUCUUCCUUUCUUAGUAAAUAAAGAAGUCUUUUGCUGUAGCACACAUCUUCAUUUUUCCAUUUGAAGAAUGGUCUCUCAAUGCUAUGAUACAUCUGCUUCCAUCUUGCCUUGAAGCCAUGGAUGAAUUAGCUGAUACUUCGUACUUAGAAAGCCUAAUUUAUGAUUGUGGAACUUUGGAUUGAGAAGUUUUCAUAAUCACCUAUUAUUUUAGGAAGGAAGAAUUUAUUUUUGAUGAGAUUUCCAUUUUUUCUUUUAAUCUAAAAUAUCUAUAUGUGCUUGGCCAUUAAGUUUUAAGAAUUAUAUUGCCCAGCAGUAGUUUUCCGUAAAGGUGAAAGCAUAACACUUUUUAUACUGUGAUAAAUAAUAAAUGCACAGUCUGCUCAACAAACUCGCUUGUAUCUAAAAGAAUCUGUAAAAUUUGCCCAAGUUUAAAAAUACGUUAUUUUUGCUAAUAUUUUCGGAAAUUUCAUACUUUCAUCAUAUCAUAUAUAUUAAAUAUUUUUUAUGAAUUAUUUAAACGUGAAUAUUGCAUUUAGUCUUAUUUUCUGUAUCAAAUUUUGACAGAAUGCAAAAACUUUAACUUUGCUGUCAGAUGCUAAAAAGAAUGUCUCAUUUUUAAAGCUAGUUUCAGUUGAUAUUAAUAUACAAUAAUAGUAGGCGAAGACUUUAUCCAUCCAUAAUUGACUAUGCAUAUGUGUUGCAUAGUACCAGGUUAUGAAAGAAAAGCUCUUGAUGAUGAUGAUGACGAUGAUGAUGAGCAACUCAAAGAUGAGAUUACAGAAGUCACAGCUGAAAUGGAAAGGCUGGAAGCCCAGGAUGAGUGCAAAAGUAAUACCAAAGCAAAACAAUUGUCAACUGGGAAAAAGAAAUUUAAUAUGGAUCCUAAAAAGGGAAUUGAAUAUUUGAUUGAGCAUGGACUUCUGAAGGAUACUCCAGAAGAUGUAGCUCAGUUUCUCUAUAAAGGAGAAGGCCUUAACAAAACUGCGAUAGGGGAUUAUCUUGGUGAAAGAAAUGAUUUUAACAUUAAGGUGCUUGAUGCAUUUGUUGAAUUGCAUGAUUUUACCGAUUUAAUUCUGGUCCAAGCCUUAAGGCAAUUUUUAUGGAGCUUCCGUCUUCCUGGUGAAGCACAAAAAAUUGAUCGCAUGAUGGAAAAAUUUGCUCAGCGAUAUUGUCAGCUAAAUCCAGGAGUAUUUAGCAAUACAGACACAUGCUAUGUCCUUUCCUUUGCAAUUAUCAUGUUGAAUACUUCUUUACAUAACCCUAGUGUUAAGGAAAAGCCCACAGUGGAGCAAUUCAUAACAAUGAAUCGAGGUAUAAAUAAUGGUGGGGAUCUUCCUAGAGAAUUAUUAGAGGGAUUAUAUGAUAACAUUAAACAAGAACCAUUUAAAAUUCCUGAAGAUGAUGGAAAUGACUUGAUGCACACAUUUUUUAAUCCAGAUAGAGAAGGAUGGCUGUGGAAACAAGGGAGUUCAAAAAUCAGUGGGAGAUAUAAAAGUUGGAAAAGAAGAUGGUUUAUCUUAAAUGAUAAUUGUUUGUAUUACUUCGAAUAUACAACGGACAAAGAGCCUCGAGGCAUUAUUCCUCUUGAAAAUGUUCAGGUUCGUGAAGUUCAAGAUCGCAACAAGCUCAAUUGUUUUGAAUUAUUUUCUGUGGGAAGUGAUGUUAUAAAAGCUUGUAAAACUGAUUCUGAAGGAAAAGUUGUUGAAGGAAAGCAUACUGUAUACAGAAUGUCUGCUGCUACCCCCGAAGAAAAAGAUGAGUGGAUGAAAUGUAUUAGGCAAAGUAUUAGUCACAAUCCAUUUUAUGACAUGUUGGCUGCCAGGAAAAGAAAGGCUCAACAUGUCAAAUAAAUUGUAGGCAUUCUGGUUGAAUGUGUAAGUCAUGAUCUUCUGCCAAUAUUUAAAGGAUCAAGAGUUAGCAACUUAAUUGGAGUUCCAUCUGUUACUACUUCCAUGGUCAUAAAAGUUUGGUUGCAUCUCUUGCCUUUUCAUCUUAUCUCAUACCUCAGUCAUCUUUCACAGUAAUGUUUGUUUUAUGUGUAUGAAUUAAAAGAGAUGUAUUUAUUUUUACUAUGUACAUUUCUAAUGAUGUGGAGUGCCAAAGAAAAUGAAUUGUAUGUGGGAUGAAAUUUUGGCACUAGGACUUCAGAUUUUGAAUAAACAUGCCUUAGUGUAUUAACUAUUUAUCAUCUCUCUUCCGCCACAUGGAAAGUCACUUUUUCUACCUUUUAUUAUACUUAAUAGUAUUUUAGUUUCAUUAUAAAAGCAUGCAGUUCUAAUGUUUGAAGUGAUGAAAAUAGUCAUUAUGCAAUUUCACAGUUAGAGUUGCAAUUGGAAUGAUAAUAUAAAUUUAUUAUUAUUGUUGUUAUCUUUCUUUUUUGUUAUGCAAAGUAAUGUGACCUAAAAUAUAUUUUUUGUUUGUGAAUGUUUUGAAUGGAAUGGGAUAAAAUUGUAUAAAUAUUAGAAAUUAUUUUCUUUUGAGUCAAUGUUUAGUCAUUCUUGAUUAUAUAACUGGCUUUCCCAAAAUAUCUCAGCACAAGAUGCUUAGUACUAUUGGUGGCAUUUUGUAGUGAUAAGCUAGCUGCUGUAAUAAAUUGUGAUUAUGACUUUUUUUGUGUAAAAAUAUGUACAUUUAAUAUGUAAUUAUCUGUUGUGUGUGUUGUCUUUACAGUGAUAAUUGAAGAAUUUUUGUGUGGCAUUGUGGUGUAAUUGAUAAAAGUCCUUGUGCUGAGAUUGAUGAAAUUAUUUUAUAUUUUUUAAUUCUUAUUGUAAAGAAUCAAAUUUUCAGGUGCAAGAAUGUUUGUCAUUUGUAUCAUUGUGAAUUAAAGAAUCAAAUUUUCAGGUGCAAGAAUGUUUGUCAUUUGUAUCAUUGUGAAUUAAUUAUAAAUAAAUUUAUUUCCAUGAUUUUUAUGAAGAAGGUGAACACAUUAUAACAUAAUAUAAAUCUGUUAAAUGCUUGAAUGGAAUCGCACAAUAAUUCUUCCUUAUAAAUGUGAUAUUUUAGUUUUCAAAUUUUGAUUAUCUUAUUCUCUGGAAGAAAUUUAUUAUUUCACAUAAGAGAUUUAAAAUGCUUUCAUUUGCAAAGUAAUAAUUUUGUGUGUGUGUGUAAUCUAUCUGAAAAUUAUGCAUAGGAGACAAAUUUUAAAUGCUGCCCCUUUUUUACGAUUUUAAUGAUGUUGACCAUAAUUUAAUCAACUUAAGUAUGGAUACUGUAUGUUUUUGAAAUUAAAGUUGUUGAGUUCCCAUUAAAAUCCAUGCCUGUGUUUAAAUGCUGUAUAUCAAAAUAUGACGCCUUUGUUUUUAUGUAAAUAUUUUUUUUGUAUCAAAUUAAUGUAUAUAGUAAAGCAUAUCAAAUUUCCGUACAUACAAAUAUAUAUAUAUACAUUCAUACCAGCCAUGCUUUAAAGUAUUCUUAAAUAUUCUAUUAUAAAUAAUUUAUAAUAUACAUUUUGUAAAUAAUAUAUAUAGAAACUGUGUUAUGGCAAAAAAUUUAGUUUUGAACAGAUUUUAUUUGCUUUUUGUUUGUAUUAUAAAAAAAAAUUUCUUAAAUUUUAGCUUGCUUUUUGGCGAGCUCUUUAAGCAUGAACUGUAAAAUACAAUAGUUUGUACAUGUAAAUGCACAAUUUGUAUUCUCUAUUGAGAAAAAUAAAGUCACUUGUGAAUGUAA